GCUCCCACUUUCCUUCCCCCAUCAUCCUCUUCAAACUAUUUUUCCUCCUCGAGAAUGGGCCAUACCAAGCGCAGGAGCGCAAGGCCAGCUCAGCAGGUGCGACCACGUACAACGAGGAGCAAAGGCAGGCCACUCACCGACGUUGGGGAGAACACGCAACAGCUCACUGAGCAAUUACGAGGGCUUGGGCUUUAUGCCGCGCCCACGCUAGGUGACGGCAAUUGCCUAUUUCGCGCAUUGUCCGACCAGCUAUAUGGCACCGAUACUUAUCAUCUCAAACUUCGUCAUGCGCUCUGUAAUUGGAUAGAAGCACACAAAGAGCGGUAUGCACCUUUCGUAGACGACGACCGUGGACUUGAUGUUCAUCUUCAAUGUAUGCGGCAACCUGGUACUUACGGCGGACACCUUGAAUUAUCCGCUUUUGCGCAUUUGACAAGACGUAAUGUCAAGGUCAUUCAACCUGGUCUUGUUUAUGUGAUAGAGUGGGAUGCAGGUGCCGAACCGUCCGAUGCACCUGCACCCUCGUUGACUUCUCUGGGCCUGCCUGAAGUCGACCCUUCUGCCGCUAUCAUCAACGAGCGUGAACGACGUAAGCUCAAACGCAACCAGAAGCGUCUAGAGGAGAAACCUGCUGUGCAGACUCCUGCGCCAGACUCUGACGACGAAUCAACCACGCCUCAAGGUACCGUCUACGUAGCAUAUCAUGAUUGGGAACACUUUUCAUCGAUUCGCAAUCUUCGUGGUCCGCAUGCCGGCCUGCCCAACGUGCAUGAAAUGUCAUCGCCAGAUCACCACGACCAUCCUCCAUCUCCGCCAAAGAAGCCAGCUUCGAAGGGGAAGGAGCCAAAGCGGACCCGCAUUCAACCCUCAUUGUCGAAACCGCCUAUAGUCAAGAUCGACGAAGUGACUGCACUGCCUUCUACACCUUCGCAGAUCCCUCUUCCUCCGUCACGUUCUCCGUCACCUGAAUCUCUUCCCGCUUCACUACCCUAUCCAAUGCCGGAUUCUGGACUUCCUCGAUCGUAUCGCUCACCGAAGCGGUCGUUUGACGAAUCUUCGGCGUCUUCCGAUGGUUCGCAGAGUGCAGCGAAGAGACCACGCAGCGCCACUCGAGCCCCAUUCGCCAAUACAUUGUCGGUUUCGGGUCCGCAAACACCGGAGGAUGACUUCGAGGAUGUCGACACCCCUGAUUUGACAGCAUCCAAUCCGGGUUCACCUUCGUCCACGAGUUCACUCUCGCCAAUGUCUUCUCCUUCCCCAUCUCCUCCGCCUGAACCCGAUCGACGUCUCACGCGAAGAGAGAGGAAACGACUUGGGCUGCCGAAGCCUAGGGCUCAUAGCACGAAGGUCAGCGCAGGCAAGAUCGUCAUUCCUGGUGGCCGAUUCAGGUCCAAGCAAGGCACGUCCUCAGGUGCGGAGGAGUGGCAGAAGAACGGGACUGGGCGGCUGGACGUUAGAGGGUUCCGAGAGCUCAAGAUCUAAUGAGCAAGCCACGCCGACAAGCAUUUUCUCCUCUGAUUGGCACGGACACCUACAGUCUACACCUACAUCCAUCUCGCACGGACGCAUCUCGCAUUCUCAUCUUGUCGUUUUUGUUUUGCACAGCAUUUUCUCGGGCUUGUUCCUCUCAUCAUCUCCAUACCCUGGCAUUCUCAAAUCUCGGCAAUCUAGUCAGCAUACAUCCAGCAUACCCUCCACUUGGAUUCUAUCUUAUGUAUUCUAGCCACUGUCCUCGUCAUGACCCUUGACGAUCCGUUCACGUUCAUAUAUCCACUAUCUAUCAUCCAUCUCACUCUUCCUCUCAACCAGAACUUUGUUUCGCGUGUUUUAUACAGUCUAUACAUGGGUAGGGUGAUCGAUGUACAACGUAGUAUAGAUCGUGUUUGCAGAUAUAAUAUACUGUAUAUUUAUCAGUUUGUGUCUCUGUC